UCGAUCAGCCUCAACCCUACUAAAGACCGCCCUUCACACUGUGUCCCUCAGCUUCAGCAGCACUUCCUUCACACCAGUUUCCUCUACCUUCCAAGCAGACAGAAAUGGCUGCCCUCGCCAACGCCGCUGUUGCUCCGUCCACCUUCGUCGGCCAGAGCGCUGAGCUCGCCGCCAAGGUGAACAAUGUGGAGGCUCGCGUCUCCAUGAGGAAGACCGCCAAGGCGGCUCCCGCCAGCUCCUUCUACGGCCCCGACCGCCCCCAGUUCCUGGGCCCCUUCUCCUCCCCCCCGUCGUACCUGACCGGCGAGUAUGCCGGUGACUACGGGUGGGACACGGCGGGUCUGUCCGCCGACCCCGAGACGUUCGCGAAGAACCGCGAGCUGGAGGUGAUCCACGCUCGGUGGGCUCUUCUCGGUGCCCUGGGCUGCCUGACCCCCGAGCUUCUGGCCGGCAACGGCGUGAACUUCGGCGAGGCUGUGUGGUUCAAGGCCGGCGCCCAGAUCUUCUCGGAGGGCGGCCUUGACUACCUGGGCAACCCCAGCCUGAUCCACGCCCAGUCCAUCCUGGCCAUCUGGGCGUGCCAGGUGAUCCUGAUGGGCGCCGUGGAGAGCUACCGCGUGGGUGGCCUUGAGGGCUUCCAGGAGGUCGAGGACCCCCUGUACCCCGGCGGUGCCUUCGACCCCCUGGGUCUGGCUGACGACCCCGAUGCUCUCGCGGAGCUGAAGGUGAAGGAGCUGAAGAACGGCCGCCUCGCCAUGGUGUCGAUGUUCGGAUUCUUCGUCCAGGCCAUCGUGACCGGCAAGGGUCCCCUCGAGAACCUGUCCGACCACCUGGCUGACCCCACCGUGAACAACGCCUGGGCCUAUGCCACCAACUUCACCCCCGGCCAGUAAAUGUUUUAUGUUGGUUUAUAAUUUCAAAAAAGUACAUAAAACAUAAAUUCUAUCAUUUUCAACAAUCCUUAAUCUGGAUUUGAUGUUGUCUUUGCACAACGAUAACGAUGUGUUAGGAUGAAGCAUACAUUUCUGACGCGUG